AUGACCAAAGGCGAGGAGGCUGAGAAGGACGAGGUUGAGGAUGAGGGGGAGCGCACCGAGUCGGACUCCGACGCGAGGGACUUUGUCCGACUCCCCCGAGGCGCGAAGAGGGGAGCGACCUCCUCGUCGCAGAGCCUACCAGAGGAGGGCGCCCUGGAGGACGACGAAGGGGAGGAGACGACUUCGCCUCCAGAAGGGAAAGGGGCCACGAAGGCGACCGACGAGCCGCAAUCCAAGCGGCUGCGUCAGACCGUCCUCGAGGGCGCCACCGAGCUCCGGUGCCCCCUCAAGGUCGCUCUGGAUGCGGGGGCCCGAGUCGGUCCGGGCGUGAAGGCGCUCCCGACGGUGAAGGCCAAGAAGAAGGUCCUGACGAAGCCUGCUCCAGCCGGUGGAGCAUCGGCUACAAGGGCGGCGGAGGCGAGGAAGGCGGCCGAGGUGAAGAAAGCUGCCGAGCUGAAGAAAGCGGCCGCCGACCCCGCGGACCUAACCUCAUCGCGGGAGGAGCCCGCCGUCGUGAGCAAGGCGACGGUUGCGACCGCCAGCCCAGCCAAGCCAGUCACUGGGGGCGGCCCCUCGGCGAGUGCGAGCAGCGGUGAGGCGGCGAAGGCGGGCGCUGAGUCGACCAUGGCUCGCGGUCCGGACGUUGUCCCCCCCACGGUGGAGGGGGAGGUGCCGGGCACCGAGUCAGCGACGGCUCGGUGUACGGAUGCCAUACCUCCCGUGGUGGAGAAGGAGCAGGGCGCUGCCGAGGGAAGUGGUCCCCCGGCGAAGAUGAGGGCGCGAAGAACGAAGGCCGCCAGGGACCCGACUCGUCCCAGCGAUCCCGAAGCGCCGGCGGAAGAGACACCAUCAACCAAGGCGGAGGUGCAGGGGGGCGAGACACACGAGUUGCGUCGGCCUCCGCUGUCGACUUUGUCCUUUACUGAACUUCACGCGGCGCUCAGUGAAGUUCAUGUGGAACCGGACGAAUUUGCUUUAUAUGCAUUUGCCUUUUUGCUGGCCGAAGUGAAGCGGUUGACAGCGCUGGUGGAGGAGGUGGUGAAGAAGAACCGCCAGCUGAUCGCCAUAGGCACAGAGGUGCGCGAGAAGGCCCUGGCUGAAGCGCGCGAGGGGUAUGUCAAGGAGUCCUUCUACCGGGACGCCGAGUUCCGGGCAAAGACGGCUGAGGAGGCGACGAAGAAGGCGAAGACGGAGCUUGCUGACCUCAACAAAGUUUUGGAGGACAAGGGCAAGGAGCUCGAGGACAUCAUUGCUCAGUACAAGGGGAAGCUCGAGUCUGCGGCGGAGGCUAGGGACGCUGCCCGGGGAGCUGCGGCGACUCUGCGGGAAGAGGUUGCGGCCUUCAAGCUCCAGCACGCCAAGGACCUUGCCGCGGAGAAGGAGGUGUCGGAGGGUACUGUCUUGGCGGUGCAAGCUGAGAAGACCAGUUUCGAGGCCUUUGUGCGCGAAAUGUCGCGGCAGAUCCUUGGACAAUGUGAAUUCGUGGAGGUGGCGACCCCUCGCGAGUGCCUGGAGACUGCGACCACGCGCAUCAUCGCCUAUGCGGGGGGGAAUACUGGCGGCGCUUCAGUACCUAAGUCCGCGGGAGGUGAUCCCCCGUGA